AUGGAGUUAAACCCACAACCUUCCCAAACAUUUAACCACUAUGCUACAUCACUUCUUCACUCUUUUGUCUCUCAUGAAGACCAGCAUGAAGACGAGAAGAUCAACAUCUACUGCCUCACCUUUGAGCUGCCCACAUGUGUUAGGUGUUUGGAAAUCACAAUACAGAGCUGCAGUGAUGCAAUAGCCAUCUUAGUGGCAGGAAAUGACAGAGUACAAGCGCUGAUCACACAGAUGGAGGAUAUAUGUAAGACCGGUAAGGAAAACAGUCGGUGGCAGAUGCAGCACAUCUCUGACAAAUUUGAUGAACUUUACGCCAUCCGAAGAACGUGCACGAUCACAGACACUGCCAAGGCCUCCAAUGAGCGGACGGAGGCCGGCUACGAGAGCAUGGCCCUCUUCAUCAUCCACACGGAGAAUGUGGCUGACAUGCUGAGAGCCAUCGACUUCCAAACAGGUGAUGAUUUGAAAGACAGUGGAGAUUGA